CUCGGGACACUCAGCCUCGGGGCUCUGCUGCUGCGGGCGGCGCUGCUGCUCCGCCGGCUGUGCUCCCGUUUGAGGUGCUCGAGCCGACGCGGCACCGGCGUGGAGUGCCCGCCGCGGUGCCGGCUCUGGGGCACCGCCCCCGGGGUUGAAGCAGAGGGGCCUUCCUUACCUAUUGUAUUGGCAGCGGCGAAGGGCCUGCUCGGAGGUGGAAGGAAAUAACUGUUGCCUAAUUCCAGGGAACAGUUUCCCGCCUUCUCCUUGAAUCCGUUUUGAGUCAGGAUAGAAUUAAUGGAAGGCAUGGGAGUAAGAUGAGGCGUUAACUUGACAGAACUUGUUUUUUGCUUGAAGGGGCCCGUCCUGGCCUUUAUUCUAGGUGGUUGUUUUCUUCCUGCAGGCUGAAGAACAGCAGAUUUUUCUGCAGAGCAGUCUUCCCUUAAUCAGAGGCAGGCUCAGUGCAGCAGUGGUAUAACUGCGCUUGCUUUCUUCCUGACAGCUGAAUGCCAUUGUCAAGUUCAGUACUGUCAUACCUAGAGGGAUCUUGGAGAGCAGAUUUUCCUUGUGGGACAACCCCAUGGUUUACUCUGCUUACAGCUGAGUAAUCAUCUCUAGUUGCAGUUUUGCUCUUACUGCUGUGCUUCACAAGAGAGAUUUUCAUGGAUCUCAACAGUGCUAGCACUGUUGUUUUGCAAGUCUUGACGCAAGCUACUAGCCAAGAUACUGCAGUGUUGAAACCAGCUGAGGAACAACUGAAGCAGUGGGAGACGCAGCCAGGUUUUUAUUCAGUGUUGUUGAACAUCUUUACAAAUCAUAGCCUGGAUGUGAAUGUAAGAUGGCUAGCUGUGCUGUACUUUAAAAAUGGAAUUGAUCGCUACUGGAGACGGGUUGCACCACACGCUCUUUCUGAAGAAGAAAAAGCUACAUUGCGUGCUGGACUUAUCACCAACUUUAAUGAGCCAGUGAAUCAGAUAGCAACUCAGAUCUCUGUACUGAUUGCUAAAGUUGCCAGAGUGGACUGCCCAAGGCAAUGGCCAGAACUUAUACCCACUCUUGUAGAAUCUGUGAAGGUGCAGGAUGGUCUUCAACAGCACAGGGCACUACUUACGUUUUACCAUGUUACAAAAACCCUGGCAUCCAAGCGGCUUGCUGCAGAUAGGAAGCUUUUCUAUGAUCUUACAUCUAGUAUUUAUAGCUUUGCAUGUUCCUUGUGGAAUCAUCAUACGGAUACAUUCCUACAGCAGAUUUGUACAGGGGACGAAGCUGCAGCUGCAAAUUCACUUGAAAGGACCUUGUUGUCGUUGAAAGUGCUUCGGAAACUGACGGUCCAUGGCUUUGUAGAACCCCAUUGGAAUGCAGAGGUGAUGGGUUUUCUACAUGCCGUAUUUGAACGGCUCAAACAGUUUCUGGAGUGUAGUAGACGAAUAAGAGCAGAAAGCAUAUGCAGAGAUCGUCUAGAAAAGACCAUAAUUCUGUUCACUAAAGUGCUUUUGGACUUCCUGGAUCAACAUCCUUUCUCAUUCACUGCUUUGAUUCAGAGAUCACUGGAGUUCUCUGUAAGCUAUGUUUUCACAGAAGCUGGUGAAGGAGUUGUAUUUGAGCAGUUUAUUGUACAAUGCAUGAAUCUCAUUAAGAUGAUUGUAAAAAACUAUGCAUACAAGCCAUCCAAAAAUAUUGAAGACAGCAGUCCUGAAACUCUUGAAGCACAUAAGAUAAAGACAGCUUUUUUCACAUACCCAACACUAAUGGAAAUAUGUAGGAGAUUAGUCACUCACUAUUUCCUGCUGACGAAGGAGGAAUUGACCAUGUGGGAAGAGGAUCCAGAAAGCUUCACUGUAGAAGAGACUGGAGGAGAUUCUUGGAAGUACAGUCUCCGACCGUGCACAGAAGUUCUUUUUAUUGAUAUUUUUCAUGAAUAUAAUCAGACUCUUACCCCAGUUCUUUUAGAAAUGGUUCAGAGUCUACAAGGAUCUACCAACAUGGAAAAUACCAAUGCUAUACUGAUUAAAGAUGCUGUGUAUAAUGCGGUUGGACUGGCUGCUUAUGAACUAUUUGAUAGUGUGGAUUUUGAUCAAUGGUUUAAAAAUCAACUCUUAGCAGAACUACAGGUUUCUCAUGACAGGUAUAAACCAAUACGCCGACGAGUAAUAUGGCUGAUUGGACAGUGGAUUUCUGUAAAAUUCAAAUCAGACUUGAGACCUGUUUUAUAUGAAGCAAUUCGUAACUUGCUUCAAGACCGUGACUUAGUGGUCCGUAUUGAGACAGCUACGACGCUGAAGUUAACUGUAGAUGACUUUGAGUUCAGAACUGAACAGUUCUUACCAUAUUUGGAGUCCAUGUUUACAUUGCUCUUUCAGCUACUUCAGGAAGUAACACAAUGUGACACCAAAAUGCAUGUUCUUCAUGUUCUGUCCUGUGUGAUUGAAAGAGUCAAUAUGCAGAUACGACCAUACGUAGGAUGUUUGGUUCAGUAUUUACCACUCCUUUGGAAGCAGAGUGAGGAGCACAAUAUGCUACGAUGUGCCAUUCUAACCACCCUAAUCCAUCUCGUCCAGGGAUUGGGAGCAGACAGCAAAAAUCUCUACCCUUUUCUACUUCCAGUUAUCCAACUAAGUACAGAUGUUUCUCAGCCUCCACAUGUCUAUCUUCUGGAAGAUGGUUUAGAGCUGUGGUUAGUGACACUGGAGAAUUGUCCAUGUCUUACUCCAGAGCUCCUGAGAAUAUUUCAGAAUAUGUCUGCCCUUCUUGAGCUGAGUUCAGAAAACCUCAAAAAUUGCUUUAAGAUCAUCAAUGCUUAUAUUUUCUUAUCAUCAUCUGAAUUUUUGCAGAUGUAUGCUGCUGACUUAUGUCGGUCAUUUUGUGAGCUUUUGAAGGACAUAACUACUGAAGGUCAAGUUCAAGUUUUAAAGGUUGUAGAAAAUGUCCUAAAAGUCAACCCUGUGCUGGGUCCUCAAAUGUUUCAACCCCUUCUUCCAUCAGUAUUCAGGGGGAUUAUAGAUGGGGAGAGAUACCCUGUGGUGAUGUCUACUUAUCUGGGGAUAAUGGGUAGAGUUCUACUACAAAAUGCAAGGUUUUUUUCAUUACUUUUGAGCCAGAUGGCAUGUGAAUUGGGUCAGGAGUUGGACCAAAUUCUUGGUAACAUGAUUGAAAUGUGGGUUGAUCGCAUGGAUAACAUCACUCAGCCAGAAAGAAGAAAACUUUCUGCUUUGGCAUUGCUUUCUCUUUUGCCGUCAUUGAAUAGUGUUAUCCAAGAUAAAUUUUGUGGUAUCAUCAACAUUUCAGUGGAAGGACUGCAUGAUGUUAUGACUGAAGAUUCUGAAACGGGAACAUACAAAGAUUGCAUGCUAAUGUCUCAUUUUGAAGAGCCCAAGGCUACAGAAGAUGAAGAACCUCCCACAGAACAAGACAAAAGGAAAAAAAUGCUUGCACUGAAGGACCCAGUACACACUGUGUCACUGCAGCAGUUCAUCUAUGAAAAGUUAAAGGCACAGCAGGAAUUACUGGGAGAACAAGGUUUUCACGCCCUUAUGGAAACUGUGGAUACAGAAAUAGUUGCCCAGCUACAAGAAUUUUUACAAGGCUUCUAAAUAAGCAGAAAAAGGAUUUUGUAUGUCAAAUUUCUAUUUCAAAAGUAUCAAAAGAACUCUAGGUUUCUGUCUUGUAUGGAUGAGUCUAAUGAAAGGUGAAAAUUACUUGUGACAAAAAUUAAAAAAAAAUUUCUGCUGUUGCUCUUGA